ACUGCUGGUAGUAUAGUACAGAAACAUUGUAAGACGACCUAGACAGACGUCAGUAACAAAAUGUCGUCCUCCGUUGAACUUAAUCCGAGACCCGUCCGGGUAUCUCCUUUAAUAAAGUUUUCACGAUGGACAUUUCUUACUGUGGGAAUAUUAUAUGGAGCUUAUUUUCAACGUAAAUUUAGUAGAAUAGAAAAUACUCGUAGAGAGAAAGAAGAAAGAGAGAGACCAGCACGAGAAGCAAGAGAAGCAGUUGAGAGAGCUAUAAGAUUAGAAGCUGAAAAGAAGAUGCUAGAUGACCUUCUACAAACAAAUAAGUAAUUUUAUGUAUACUAUUCCUAGUGCAUCAUUAAUGGAAACUAUCUUCAUGUAAAUAAUAAUAAUAAAAAUAUUAUAAUAUUCAAUA